UCACCUGCGUGAUCACCGACGCCUCACGGUCUCUUCUUCUGCUCACCUGAGGGUCACCGGAAGUACCGGAAACACCGCAGGGAAGAGCCAGGUCUGAUCCGGAUUCACCUGAAACCAGGACUAAAGCGGUCAUGACUGGUCACCUGCUGCUGAUGGUGUAUCUCGUGCUCGUGCUGGCUGCGUGCUCCCGCGGCUCGGCGGCGCGCGUCCGACUGAACUCCAUCCGAACGGUGAUCCUGAGGGAGGCGCACGCGAUGCCGGUGAACAGGAGCGCGUGGGAGCCGAGCAUGGACCUCACGCAGUUCCAUCAGUGCAUGAGCGACCUGGAGUGUAUAGAGGGGAGCUACUGCCACGCCCCCUCCCAAGGCCCCGCCCACCCGCGCUGUCACACCUGCCGCAGGAGGAAGAGGCGUUGCCAUAGGGACGGGAUGUGUUGCCCGGGCAACCGCUGCAGCAACCAUGUGUGCGUCCCCGACGAGGACGCCUUCGUGUCCCAGAGGAUCCCGGACCCAGAGGGGGGGGCGAGUCCUCUGUCCAAGAGGAGCGGCUGGAGGAAGAGGGGGGGGGCGGAGCUUAAAGGGGCCUCCAGUAAAGGUCAGGUGGGGGACCCGUGUCUCCGCUCCCCGGACUGCUCGCCCGGUCUGUGCUGCGCUCGUCACUUCUGGACCCGCAUGUGUAAAAGCGUGCUGCAGGAGGGACAGGUCUGCACGCCGCGCCGCCGCAGGGGCCGCCGCGGCCCGGAGCUCUUCCAGCGCUGCCCCUGCGGCGCCGGACUCGGCUGCCGGACGCUGAGGGGACGCAACGCCAGGUCAUUGCUAAUGAGCUUCCUGUCGAGCCGCAUUCAAAGCGGGACGUGA